GGGCCGCGGCGGCGGCGGCGGCGGGCGGAUGUCGGGCUGGGCGGACGAGCGCGGCGGCGAGGGCGACGGGCGCAUCUACGUGGGGAACCUCCCGACCGACGUGCGCGAGAAGGACCUGGAGGACCUGUUCUACAAGUUCGGCCGCAUCCGCGAGAUCGAGCUCAAGAACCGGCACGGGCUCGUGCCCUUCGCCUUCGUGCGCUUCGAGGACCCCCGAGAUGCCGAGGAUGCGAUUUAUGGAAGGAACGGCUACGAUUAUGGCCAGUGCCGGCUUCGAGUGGAGUUCCCCAGGACUUACGGAAGUCGGAGUGGGUGGCCCCGUGGUGGGAGGAAUGGGCCUCCUACGAGAAGGUCUGAUUUCCGAGUCCUUGUUUCAGGACUUCCUCCGUCAGGCAGCUGGCAGGACCUGAAAGAUCACAUGAGAGAAGCUGGAGAUGUCUGUUACGCUGAUGUGCAGAAGGAUGGAAUGGGGAUGGUUGAAUAUCUCAGAAAAGAAGACAUGGAAUAUGCCCUGCGUAAACUGGAUGACACCAAAUUCCGCUCUCAUGAGGGUGAAACUUCCUACAUCCGCGUUUAUCCAGAGAGAAGCACCAGCUAUGGCUACUCACGGUCUAGGUCUGGGUCCCGGGGCCGUGAUUCUCCAUACCAAAGCAGGGGUUCCCCACACUACUACUCUCCUUUCAGACCCUACUGACACAGGUGAUGGGAAUUUUUUCUUUACGUUCUAGGUGAACUGAGUUGCUUUAGGCUCAGAAUCUACAUUCCAGAUUGAUGGUUUAGUGUCUUAGGAAAUUUUUUUAAUUUUUUUUAAAAAGGAAAUAAAACUACAUAAUUUCUACCAGGGCCAUAUUAGCAGUAAAACAUUUUAAACUGCAGAAAUUGUGGUUUUGGUUCAGAAACAAGUUGUAUAUUUUUCACCCCUGAUUAUGGGGGGG